GUACGGAACCAAAACACGAAGCUCUCCACUAUACUCCGUUAACCUACGCAUUUUCUCCGCCCGGCGCAAGUUAGCACUGUUUUUGUUCGCCGUGUUCCGCCAUGGCUAACGCAAUUCCAGUUGUUCAGUCGGGUCGGAUCCGGGUUGUGAAGCAAGGAUCAGGACCGUUGGUUGGACCGGUGGUGUAUUGGAUGUUUAGAGAUCAACGGAUAAGAGAUAACUGGGCGUUAGUCCACGCCGUUGAUGAAGCUAACAAGGCAAAUGUACCUGUAGCUAUUGCUUUCAAUUUGUUCGAUCAGUUUUUAGGUGCUAAAGCUAGACAGUUAGGGUUUAUGCUUAGAGGCCUUGAGAAGCUUCAGGGGAACCUCCAAAGUACCCUUCAAAUUCCGUUUUUUCUAUUUCAGGGAGAAGCUAUAGACACAAUUCCCAACUUUCUUAAAGAAUGUGGAGCUUCUCUUCUGGUAACAGAUUUCUCACCGUUGAGGGAUGUUAGGAGUUGGAAAGAAAAAAUUUGUGAGAGGGUGGAUGAAUCAGUGACAGUACAUGAGGUUGAUGCACACAACAUUGUUCCUCUUUGGGUGGCAUCAGCUAAAUUGGAAUACAGUGCUAGAACGCUACGGGGUAAAAUAAAUAAGCUGCUUCCUGAGUAUCUGAUUGAAUUGCCUGCAAUAGAGCCUCCUAAGAUAAAGUGGUCUUCUUCAAACCCUCCGAUAGAUUGGCCAAAAAUAAUUGCAGAUGUUGUAAGGAAAGGAGCAGAAGUUCCUGAACUUGAAUGGUGUGAACCAGGUGAAGACGCUGCAUUUGAAGUGUUAAUGGGAAGUAAAAAAGGGUUCCUGACUACCAGGUUGAAGACUUAUUCAAUGGACCGGAACAACCCUCUGAAACCCCAAGCACUUUCUGGUCUCUCUCCUUAUUUGCACUUUGGGCAGAUAUCUGCACAGAGAUGUGCUUUAGAAGCAAACAAAGUUCGGAAAAAUUAUACUCAGGCAGUUGACACAUUUCUGGAGGAAAUGGUUGUGCGCAGAGAGCUUUCUGAUAACUUCUGCUAUUACCAGCCUCAAUAUGAUUCAUUAUUGGGUGCAUGGGAAUGGGCGCGUAAAACCUUAAUGGAACAUGCAUCUGAUAAACGAGAACAUAUAUACACGCAAGAGCAAUUGGAGAAGGCGCAAACUGCAGACCCUCUGUGGAAUGCUUCUCAAUUAGAGAUGGUUCAUUAUGGGAAAAUGCAUGGUUUUAUGAGGAUGUAUUGGGCUAAAAAGAUACUCGAAUGGACAAGUGGACCAGAAGAAGCUCUGGCUAUCACAAUAUAUUUAAAUGAUAAGUAUCAUAUAGAUGGAAGAGAUCCUAGUGGUUAUGUUGGAUGCAUGUGGUCAAUAUGUGGCGUACACGACCAGGGUUGGCGAGAACGCCCGGUAUUUGGUAAAAUCAGGUACAUGAACUAUGCAGGUUGCAAGAGGAAGUUCAACGUGGACGGAUAUAUUUCAUACGUUAAGAGGCUAGUAGGUGAAAGCAAGAAAAGGAAAGCAGAAGUAAUUUUGGACAAUAAGGCAAAAGAACUGCGUAAUUAGCAUUAUUGAAAGGCUUUAUUAAUGUCAUCAAAAGUCAUGUACUCCUGGAUUUGCAGAGAUUGAUAAUUGUUUAGUAACUAACCUUUUUAUUUCUUUUGUAACUUAUGAACCUUAUAG